AUGGGAGCGGUCACCUCUUUCAUGUAUGGGCGGCCACUACCAGACUCCGGCCGUCAUCUCUACUUCAGCGAGAGGCUGUACCUUGGCUGGUUAGAGCUCCUUUGCUGCCCGGAGGUUGCUGGCUGCAAUGUCCGCAGCUACAUGGAGGGCGAUCAUCGCGGAGGCUCCUUGCAGUACACGGUCCUCAGAAGUGUCUCCUACAGCCCCUAUGUUCCACGCUUUGUUAUGGAGAUCCGGAACAAGACCAUGCCACGACCAGCAGUCGUGGGUCGCAUGGAAAAGCUUGAUACUGUCGUCCGCGCCAAAUCCGGUGAGUUUCUCAGCAUCCAGUUGUGGAAGAUGGUAUGCAACGGUUUGCAGUGGACGGAUAAGCGAAAACGACGGGUGCUGCCCUCUGAUUCCGAUUCCUUCGUGAUGCACGUCGCGAUUGCCACCCAGGCUAAGAUCGACUUUGAUGAGGGUGAAGCUGAGAAUGACAACCUGGACAGCAGGAGCGAGAGGUGGGUUCAAACCAUCAGCACUGACAACCCUGCGCUGUCGAUCUGGAACAAAAAGACCAUGCAAAGCAGCCAUGGUGCUCUUUGCGAGAUCAAGUUGUCCUACGAGGGCCAGAAUGUCGGCACGGCGAAGCAGAAGGUUUUCGAGUCCGGUGAG